AUGAAACUGGGGCAUUUCCGGGACGGAAAGCUGGCAGCGAUGCACAGGAAAGUGGCGACGCGUCUGCAAGACUUCGAGUCCCAGAUCACCGCGCAGCUCAGCAACUUGCAGACCGACUUCGACAAGAAGUUGUCGCACGUCAACCGAGGAGCUGCCGCCACGAAGGGCUUGGAUGGCGCCUCCGGCGCUGCCGGCUUGGACACCAUGGCGGAGGAUUUGGACCAACUGAAGUAUGAUGUGGGAGAGCUCAAGGACCUGCUUGGAAACAACAAAGGUGAGGUCAAUCACAUUCGUCGCAUCGUCCUUGCCUGCGAGAGAGACAUGGAGGACUUCACAGCGGCUAUGGAUGCUGUGAACGUGGACCUUGAUGAGAUGCGCGCCCGAGUGGAUGCGACCCACAGCAUCAUCACCAGCCGCCAGCGUGUGGAAGCCACCAUGACAGCAGAGAUCUCCACCAUGAGGCUUGACAUUGGUGACAUCCAGGAAGCUUUGAAGAACCACGACAGUUGGAUGGAGGACGUGUCGAACACCUUGCAACAGAUGCAAGAGAAGGAAGAGAAUCUGACGGAAGACAUCAUCAACCUGAAGAAUGAGAUGUGCACCAAGUUGGAUACCAAGGUGGACAAUGUAGCCUGGAAGGAGGCCAACGACGACUUGGACGCUGCGGUGAAGACAGUGCGCGACAUGGUCUCCUCGCUGCGUUUGGACGUGGACGCGCGGCGCCGGAAGGUGGAUGAGAUCCUGGCCACCGUGCGUCACGACAUCACGGCGGUGGAGACCAACCUGGAAGAAUCCAAGGCCAAAAUCACCAGCGACACCGACCAGGCAGUGAAUGCCCUGAACGGCCGAAUUGACUUCACCAACAAGGACCUGGCUGCCACGCAAGAGAGCCUUCACACCACCCAGAACUCCUUGUCCGAUUGCUUCAACGAGGUGGCUGUGGUCCGCAGCGACUUGGAGCGCAACGUGGCGGACACCGAAGCGCGCCUGAAGAAUGACAUCCGCCAAAAGCAACAGGAGGCCUUUGAAAAGAUUGGUGCCGUGGAGCAGCAGGCCGAGCUAAGAAGUGCUGAAGCCUCGCGGCGCCUUGGGGCGUUGGACUUGCGCAUGAGUGGCGUGCAGGGAGGACUUGGGGAGCACAAGCGCGACAUCCUGAAACUUCGUGAGGAGGUGAACGGCCUCACGGUGAAGAGUGCCAGCCAUGAGGUGGACAUCCAGAAGAACUGCGACGCGGUCCGCAAGAUGGAGAAGCAGCGCAACAUGGAUGAGCAGAACUGGAAGGCUCAAAUGGAUGCCGUGCACGAUGUGCUGGACACGAAGGUCAAUGAGAAACCAUUUGAGGACUUAAAGCACUGCACUGCAUCCUUGACCCGUGGAGUGGUGAAAUUCGCUCAGGUGGUGGGCGUGUUCCCUGGUCCAAAGUUUGACGAUGCAGAGGGUGCUGACCAGGGAGAAGCCGAUGUGGAACUCCUGGGCUGGGAGGAGUGCGCUGAGAACAUGUCCUUCCGUGUGGAUAAGGCGUGGCGUCAGCGCUGCUCGCAACGCUUCCGCAACGUGCUGGACAUGAUUGCCAAGAAGGCCGACCACAGCGUGCUGCGGCUGCUGCAAAUCUCCCAACAACAUAUCGAGUCGCAAUUGGAACGUGUGAAGCACGAGCGUGAGCUGUGGAAGGAAGUCGUGGAGCGUCGUCAACAACAGCCAUUGCAGUUGGCGCUCUCGAUGAAGGAGCAAGCCGCAGGGCCCUCCCAGUGA